CAGGCUGCAGAGCUGUCUGGUGGCCUCCGCGCCAGGAGGCAGCAACCAGCAGACAUGGCAGAAUUCUCCCAAGUCCUGACCGAAAUAGGCAACUUUGGACGCUUCCAGAAGUGGCUGCUGGUAAUGCUGAGUAUCCCCAACUUCCUGUCUUCCUUCCACAUGUUUUCCCAGAUCUUCAUGGUCCUGGAUGAGACCCACCACUGCUCAGUGGCCUGGGUCAAGAACCACACUUUCAACCUCAGCGCAGCGGAGCAGCUGUCCCUGAGCGUGCCCCUGGGCGCGGCGGGCCGCCCCGAGCCCUGCCUCAUGUUCCGGCCACCCCCUGCCAAUGCCAGCCUGGAGGACAUCCUCGCCCACCGCUUCAAUGAGACACAGCCUUGCGAUUCGGGGUGGGAGUAUCCUGACCGCAGGGCCCCGUCCCUACAGAAUGAGUUCAACCUGGUUUGUGAUCGGAGGUACCUGAAGGAGACCUCGCAGUCAGUGUACAUGGCUGGGCUCCUCGUUGGGGCCCUCAUCUUUGGGCCUCUCUGCGACUGGAUUGGCCGAAGGAUCACAAUCCUGGUGCAGCUGGUGCUCUUCGCCCUCUUUGGCCUGGCCAUGGCCUUCGUGCCCAAUUUUGAGCUCUACAUGACCCUGCGCUUUGCUGUGGCCACUGCUGUGGCUGGAUACACCUUUAGCAACGUCGCCCUGCUUUCAGAGUGGGUGGGGCCCUCGCAGAGGACUAAGGCUGUGGUCCUGGCCCAGUGUACCUUCUCCAUCGGGCUGAUGGUGCUGGCGGGACUGGCCUAUGGCGUCCGUAACUGGCGGCUCUUCCAGAUCGCUGGCACAGCGCCUGUCUUGCUGCUCUUCUUCUACUUCUGUGUCCUGCCGGAAUCUGCACGGUGGCUCCUGACCCAGGGGAGGGUUGAGGAGGCCAAAAUAUUGAUCCAGAAGGCGGCUGUGGUCAACAGGAGAAAACUCUCCCCAGAGCUUCUGAACCAGCUGGCCAUGGAGAAGACAGGGCCCUCGGGGAAUGCCCUGGAUCUUUUCAGACAUCCCCAUCUCCGGAAGGUGACCCUCAUCCUCUUCUGCGUCUGGUUUGUGGACAGUCUGGGGUACUACGGCCUGAGUCUCCAAGUGGGAGACUUUGGCUUGGAUAUUUACCUGACGCAGCUGAUCUUCGGGGCCGUGGAGGUGCCUGCCCGCUACUCCAGCAUCUUCAUGAUGCAGUGGCUGGGUCGCAAGUGGAGCCAGAUGGGGACUCUGGUUCUGGGUGGCCUCAUGUGCAUCAUCAUCAUCUUCAUCCCAGCAGAUCUGCCCGAGGUGGUCACUGCGCUGGCCGUGGUGGGGAAGUUCGCCACAGCUGCUGGGUUUACCAUCUCCUACGUGUACUCAGCUGAGCUCUUCCCCACCGUGCUCCGGCAGACAGGCAUGGGCCUGGUGGGCGUCUUCUCGAGGAUUGGGGGCAUCAUCACACCACUGGUGAUCCUGCUGGGCGAAUACCACAAAGCCCUGCCCAUGGUCAUCUACGGCAGCCUCCCCAUUGGAGUGGGCUUGCUCUGUGCCCUACUGCCAGAGACACGUGGCCAGACCCUGAAGGACACCAUCCAAGACCUGGAGCAGGGGCCCCGCCCACGGUCUCUGGAGUCAGCACCUUCGGAAAAGGAAGCGGAGGACACAGGGAAAACUUCCAGGGCAGGGGUGGCCUUUGUGAGCAGCACAUACUUCUGAUGGUGUCUGGAGGAGCCAGACCAGCACUAACAGGGAGCUGCCUACACCUGACCCUGGAGAUGGCUGCAACCCAUGAGCAGGCCAGCCUUGCAUUGGACGGAGCCGCCGAGACCUGGCCCAGCACCAGCUGCAUGCUGUGGAGCCCAAAACAGAAGAUGAGGGGAGACCACUUCCCUCCUUCCAUCCCCUUUGUUAUCCCCAGAGUCCCACCCCUAAAACCCUGCCCUGGCGUAGGGUCCAGGUUGUGUUUCGGGCUUAGCUUGUUCUCUGGCAGCCUCAUUAGAGACCCCUCACCUUAGACCCCAGAAACAGUGUCCCCUUCUGGGGUCCCCUGUCCUCAAAACAGUGUCAAACCCAAACCAGAACACCUAUGUAGGGCUUUUCCAAGUAUGUGGGAGUAGGAAGAGGAGAAAUGUGAGAGUGUGGGUUCUGGCCAGGCUUGCGGAAGCAAAGACUAAAGAGAAGGUUGGGGUGCUCGCUUGUGCCCAGCCGGCGUGACUCGGGGGCCAGCAGUGGGGGACGAGGUGGGUCCUAUU